GUAUUCCAUACCAUUCUGUCGUAAAAGAAGUCUAGUGUUCACAUUCUCUCUUCGUAGUUGUUAAUGCGAUGUCAGCACUGUUGGACGAGGUUGAUGAAGAGCUCUCUUCUCGCCGUAAGACUAGCGGGGGUACUGAUCAGGAUGUAGUGGCUAACGGGGGCGUUUUGAGUCAAGACGAAGAUCAAGCAUCCGUUAAAGUCGUUGGAAUGGAAAUGAGAGCUAGUUGUGAAGGCGGUAAAAGAUGGUCCAGACCAGAAUCUCCAGUGUUACCUGCAGCUCAGCCUCCUGUUUCGGAUUCAGCAGAACCACCACAGGAAAUAUUCUUGGAAGGAGCUCUACCGCCUCAAUCACACCUACUGGUGACUGAUUCCGCUACUGAAGCACAGAACAUCAACUCGGAAGAAGACCCUGCUGUUGUACUUGCUGGAAAAAUGACGCUGUCUGUUAUCAGUCUCGAUUCCUCUGAAAACGGGACUGACGAGUCGUCGAAUUCCGGUAGAAAGUACGAAGAAAGGAGCAGCAGCAACGUGUCCGAAGAAUUCGAAAAAAUCGAAGCCGAUCCCCUAUUGGAGGAGGAAAUUGAUGAUAUAAUCGAUAAAGCGAAACAGAUCGGUCUGGACCAAAGUCUGUUAGAUGAAAUCAGGAAGGAAUUGCAUGAAGACCGGGAAGAUGUAGUAGACAUCACCGAAAACUUUGGAGAAAAGGUUCAAGAAAUUAUUGAACCAGCUGGAGAUGUUCAGCUAGUGGAAAAUGAAGCAUCGCCACAAAUUGAUGAUUUUCUGGUUGAGGAAAGGCUUCAACUGGCCAAGGAAAAUUCGCUUGACAUCAUGAAUCAAUCUCUAGAAGAAAAAGCCAUGCAGGGUGUUGCAACUGGCAGUUUCCAGAAAGAAGAUACAGAAACUGAAGAGCAGCUCCCUUCUGGGGAGGUGAGUCAUCCUGAGAAAAAGGUAGACAACAAAUUUGAAGAAGAUGCAGUAACUGAAGAACAGCUUUCUCCUGAGGAAGUCAGCAAACCUGAAGGAAAUAUACUUGAGGAUAUCAUACAUGCCGAGGUUACUGAAGCAAACAAAGAUAAUGGACUUGAAUCCGUACUCAAAGAAGAAUUUGCUGAGCUGGAACAGAAGCAAGUUGAGAAAGAUGAAGGUUCUGCACCAAUGACCAAGGACUUUGAGCAAGAGAUUGGUGAGGUGGAAAAGAAAGAAGCCAUAAUUUUGGAGGAAUCAGAAAUGAAUGAGCCUGUAAACGAUGUCAGAGUGGAAUCUGCCUUGAAUACAGAAAGUGGUACGAUAGAAAAACUGGAGUUAUCUGAACCUGAAGCGCCUGAGGAGGUUGAUGAAACAGUGAAAGAACCAGGAAUAGUUGAUGAAUUGCAACAGCCUCUUCUUGAAGAUUCCUCAAUUAGAGUAAACGGAGCAUCAAAGAACUCAUUGGCUGAGGAAGAAACCACAGUCACCAAGGAGAAGCAUGAUACUGAGUUAAAGCCUGAAAAAGUGGAAAAAUCACUUCUGCCUGUUUCUUCAAGUAAAGAAAAUGGUACAGUGGACGAAUUAUUGACUGAGAGUGAAACCAAAGUCGCUAUGAAAAAUCCUGAGACUGUAGUAGAAUCAGAAAAAUUGGUGGAUACUCUUCUGGAACAAUAUUCAAAUAAAGAUGGUUCAGUAGAUAAAUUGACUGAGAAUGUUACUGAAGCUGUGGAAGAACCAGAGAACGUGGGGAAACCUUCAUUGGAGCUUGCUUCGACUGAACUAAACUGCACAGUGGGUUUACCGAGUGAGUCUCGGGCUCAAGUCUCUGAGGAAAAGGUAAAUGCUGGUGAUGAUGAGGAGGAAGUAGACGAUGAAGAGGAGGAGGUAGAAUACGAAUAUGAAGAGAGUGACGAAGAAGUAGAUGAAGUGAUAAGAAACGCGGAGAGGAGCGGUGACACAGCAGAAGUGAUUGCAAAUGGUGAGAAGAUGAACGGAGGGAUCCACAAUGGUGCAAAAAAUGGCUUGAGAGACGAUGAAGAUGAGGUAUCUGAAGUGAGUUGUUUCACAAUUUAAAUAACAUUUUACUUU